CCGUGAGCUCUGCUGAAAACCGUUCGAAAUGAAGGGGACACAGAACAACAACGCGAAUUAAAGUUGUCAGAUACUUCACGGGUCGACUCUCAGCGGGCAUCUUGAUCCACAUGGCAACGUUCAACGGAGAAGUAGUCAACCACCUGUUACUAGAAGUGAGUCCUGACAUCCACAUCUGUGGCUUCUGCAAACAGCAGUACAACAACGUUGACCACUUUUUUGCACACAAGCAAAACUGCAGCCAGAUCCCAUCGACUCAUAUAUCAGCCCGAAGCGCUGGACCCAGUGAGUCCUUUCAGACAUGUGUACCUAAAGUCAAAAAGCCCCUGACCAAAGCUCAGAAAACCCCCUCUAAAAAGCUGAAACCUGCACUAAGUCAAAAAAGACACACAUGCACAUUCUCAGGUUGUACAUUCAAAACUCAGUAUGGCCAAAAAGACAUGGAGAGACAUAUUUUAACACAUACUGGUGAGAGGCCUUUCGAAUGUGAACUCUGCCAUAAACGCUUUAGUCGUCGCGAUAAGCUGAAUCUCCACAGCCGUUUGCACACGGGAGAGAAACCACACAAGUGUAAGUACUGUCCAUACGCGGCGGCCGACAGCAGUAGCCUGAAGAAGCAUCUUCGCAUCCACUAUGAUGAGAGACCCUUUAAGUGUCAGAUAUGCCCCUACGCCAGCCGCAACUCCAGCCAGCUGACCGUUCACCUCCGAUCUCACACAGGUGACGCCCCGUUCCAGUGCAAUCAAUGCGAUGCCAAAUUCAAGAUCAACUCCGACCUGAAGCGCCACAGUCGGGUUCACUCCGGCGAGAAGCCUUAUAAGUGUGAACUCUGCGAGUACCGCUGUGCCAUGAAGGCCAAUUUAAAAUCCCACGUGCAACUGAAACACAGCGCCUCCGACUCCUUCCGCUGCUCGAAAUGUGACUUCCAGUGCUCCACCAAAGCCGCCCUGCGACACCAUUCCCGCCAGCACCAGCCGGCCCAGCCACUGCAGUGCAGUGAGUGCAGUUACUCCUGCUCCAGCAAGGGGGCGCUCAAAAUCCACGAGCGUGUGCACUCGGAUGAACGGCCUUUUAAAUGCGAACACUGUUCGUUUGCUAGUAAGCAGCGGAGUAAUUUGUUAAUUCACAGGAGGAAGUUUCACGCGGAUAAACCGGAUAGGCAAGGUAAGUCCAGACGAGGAAGUGGGACGGGGGAGGAGCCGCCCAAACCUCUUAGCUCGCGUUAUCGAGCGAGACUGGAAGCGGCACGGGCGUUUCGCUGCGACUUAUGCGAGGCUUCGUUUGUCAGGGAGGAUUCUCUUCGCAGCCACAAGAGGCAGCAUAACAGUGACGUGCAACAACAAAGUCAAACUGUAACCUCCGUCGCAGCCAACACGACGUCUUCGUACAGCACGACGCAUCUUAAGAUCAUCAUGGCGCCCUCUAUAGGACCGGAGGCUACUUUUGUCCAAGCUUCUGCUGGAAAGGCUGAAGCCGUUCUGCUCGGUCCGGAGGAUCACGGUGUGCUUUUGAACCCCGUAAUACAGCAUGUCAACAUGCUAGCACCAGAGUCCGGCCUCGAGCACCAGACGGUUUUACUCGCUCAAAUCGACUCCAGUGAAACCACCUCUCAAACCGGUACUCAAAACUUCAUCGCCUCCUGUUCUGCAUCCGCUUCUGACGGCACGCACACCUUCAUAACGUCCUGUUCUGACCUGGAAAGCCUCCACAAGCUCAUCCAGGAAGGCGGGACUGAGGUUACAGUGGUAACGGAGGUGAAUCCGACAAUUUCCACCACAAAAGAACCCAUGAACAUUGAUGGUUCCUCGUCUCAGGAUGUGUCUAAGCACGCAGAGAAUGCUGAAGAUAGUUUAGAUAUGGGUCUACCAGAAACCAUUCUUGUUCAAAGUCUCCCUCUGUCGAUUUCAACACAGGACCAAGAGGCUAACAAGUACCAUCUGUCUCCAAACCAUUUAUUUUCAGACUCUAAUACGGUGGACAUCAGUGAUUCGUUAUGUGAAUAACAAGUUUCACUGUGAUACAGACUUUAAACGCCAUAUUGAAUUUAACACGGAUGGAAACGAGGCUGUGAGGAAUGGACUUGCACUUUUACAAUGGCACUCACUGAAUAAUGGUCCUACACUGUAAAAAAAAAAUUCCGUAAAAUUUA